CUAUAUGGAGAAAUAAAAGAUCUAGAGGAAGCCAUCAAGCAUCAUCGCGCUGCCCUGGAACUUCGCCCUGACGGCCACCCCGACCGCUCUGCAACUCUGAACGAUCUUGCGAACUCUCUUCAAACUCUAUUCCAACAGUUUGGACGAGCCGCAGACCUUGAUGAGGCCAUCGUGCAUCGUCGUGCUGCCCUGGAACUUCGCCCUGACGGCCACUCCGAUCGUUCUGCGACUCUGAACGAUCUUGCAAACUCCCUUCAAACCCGAUUUCAACAGUAUGGACGAGCCGCAGACCUCGACGAAGCCAUCGAGCAUCACCGUGCUGCUCUGGCGCUUCGCUCUAGUGACCAUCCCGAUCGUUCGGCGAUUCUGAAUGAUCUUGCGAACUCCCUUCGAAUUCGAUUUCAACAACACCGACAGCCCGCAGAUCUUGAAGAGGCGGUCGGGCGCCAUCGGACUGCUCUGAAGCUUUGCCCUGGCAGCCAUCCUUAUCGUUCCUCAAUUGCGAAUAAUCUUGCACUUUCCCUUCGAACUCGAUUUCGGCAGCAUAGGCAGACUGUGGAUAUUGAUGAUGCUAUUGGACUCCAUCGUGCUGCCCUUGAACUUUCCCCCCACGACCAUCCCGAUCGCUCUAUGUCUCUGAGUCACCUUGCAGCUUCCCUCCGCUCUCGAUUUGAACAGCUUGGGCAGACUGAGAACCUCGACGAGGCCAUUGAGCAUCUGUACGCUGCCCUGGAAUUUCGCCCUAUCGGCCAUCGUGAUCGUCCUGCAUCUCUGAAUAUCCUGGCAGGUGCCCUUCGAACUCGAUAUGAACAGCACGGACAGACAAUAGACCUUGACAAGGCAAUCGAGCAUCAUCGCGCUGCCGUGGAUCUUUGCCCUAACGGCCAUCCCGAUCGACCCAGCUGUUUGAGUGAAUUUGCGAAUACUCUUCAGACUCGAUUCGAACGGCAUGGACAAAGUACAGACAUCGACGAGGCCAUCAAGCUUCAUCGUGCUGCAGUGGAACUUCUCCCUGACGGACAUCCCAAUCGCUCUGCUUUUCUGAAUAACCUUGCAGCUUCCCUUGAAACUCGGUUUGAACAGCGUGGACAAAUUCCGGACCUUGAUGAUGCCAUUGAGUAUCAGCGUCGUGCUCUGGACCUUCGCCCAAAUGGUGACCCCCUUCGAUCCAAGCCUCUGAACAACCUCGCAAAAGCCCUUAGAACCCGAUUUCAACGCCAUGGACAGACCGCAGACCUCGACGAGGCCAUAGAGUACCAGCGUGCUGCCCUGGAGCUUUUCCCCGACGGCCAUACUAGUCGUUCCGCAUCUCUGAACAACCUUGCAGGCUCUCUUCGUACACGGUUUGACAGGCACGGACGGAUUGCAGACCUUGAUGAAGCUAUUGAAGUUCACUAUACUGCUCUGCAGAUCUGUCCCAAGGGUCAUCCUGAUCGUCCCCUGUUUCUGAGUGACCUCGCUGCCUCCCUUCAUACUCGCUUUGAACAGCACGGGCAGGUUGCUGACCUCGAGGAAGCCAUUGAGCGUCAGCGCGCUGCCCUGGAACUUUUCACUGGCAGCCAUCCUGGUCGUUCCUCAUCUCUAAAUAAUCUUGCAAAUUCCCUUCAAAGUCGAUUUGAUCAGCGUGGUCAGACCGCGGACCUCGACGAGGCCAUUGAACACCAUCGUGCUGCCCUGGAACUCCGGCACGACGGCCAUCUCGAUCGUUCCAUGUCUCUGAGCAACCUUGCUAUAUCCCUAAGAGCUCGAUUUCAAUAUCACGGGCUGCUUGCAGACCUCAAUGAGGCUAUUGAGCUUCACCGUGCUGCACUGGAACUUCGCGCCGAUAGUCAUCCCGAUCGGCCCGGAUCCCUAAUCAACCUGGCACUUGCUCUUCGAGGCCGAUUUGAACAGCAUGGACAGAUUGCAGACCUAGACGAGGCAAUCAAACUUCAUUAUGCUGCCCUAGAACUCUGUCCGGAUGGCCAUCCAGUUUAUCCUACGGCUCUGGAUAAUCUGGCAAUUUCCCUCAAAAGUCGAUUUCGACGGCAUGGAAGGGAGGCAGACCUUGAUAAUGCCAUUGAGCUUCACCGCGCUGCACUAAAGUUUCGCACCAAUGACCAUCCCAAUCGUCCCGGGUCUCUGAAUAACCUUGCGGGAGCACUUGGUACGCGAUUUGAACGUCACGCACAGUCUGCAGACCUAGACGAGGCUAUUGAAUAUUACCGUGCUGCCUUGGUACUUUUCCCUGAGGGCUAUUCGAAUCGUUCUGGAAUACUGAGCAAUUUGGCCAUUUCAUUGUUCUCUCGUUUCAUCAAGUUUGAGGCCACGGACGAUUUUGAAGGGUGUAUGCAAUUAUUCGAAUAUGCUGCCGAACAUAAGUUUUCUGGGAUCGUAAUGCGUCUUGAGUCCGCUAAUUCAUGGGCUAUCCGUGCUCGAAGUCAAGCUCACUGUACCACUCCUAAAGCUUACAAGGUGGCAAUGCUGCUCUUGCAACGCGCCCUCACAAUUAGUCCCACUCUCCAUGCACAACAUGACUUCCUCAAAAGUAAAGGCUACUACAGGACACUCACGUUAGACGCAGUUACCUAUGCCAUAGAGGAAAACAGGCUCGAUAAGGCUGUAGAGAUGCUGGAGCAAGGAAGGGGUUUGCUCUGGUCACAGAUGCGUGGUUUUAGGACACCUCUGGAUCGUCUCGCAGAAACACAUAGAGAUCUCGCUAACAGAUUCAGGGAUGUUAGUUGCCAGCUGGAGAACCUUACAACAUCAUCUACUGAAUUACAGUCUAAUUCAAGUGCCGUUGCAAAUAGGCCAUCCGUGAGGCAACUCUUUAGUGAGCAGGAAGAGAUUAUGAAUGAGAUACGUCGAAUUCCUGGGUUCGAGAGCUUUCUUACAGUUACACCGUUCAAAACACUUCAGCGGGCAGCUUUAGAGGGUCCAGUGAUUGUGGUUAACCAUUGUAUAUAUCGAUCCGAUGUGCUCAUUAUUCUCCGCCGUGAAGACCAGCCAGUUGUCUGUAUGCCAUUGGAUGGAGCCUUCUACGAUGAUAGCACUAUUCUAUGCAAAGAGCUCUUAGAAACACGCACGAGUUAUGGAGCUAACUCACCAAAGUAUGACCAGAUACUCCGCCGAGCGAUGCAGAUAGUAUGGGAUAGGGUCGUCUCCAAAGUAGUCGACAAGCUUAAAGAGCUCGGUAUUGCCGAAGGGUCACGCAUUUGGUGGUGCCCGACAUCUGUACUAUCUGCGCUUCCCUUCCAUGCUGCAGGUCCGUUCGAGGAUAAAGACGGCAAUGCCGUGUAUCUAUUGGAUAAAUAUGUCUCGUCAUACACUCCCACACUCGGAGCCCUCAUUAAUGCACGAAUGGACGGGAACAGAGAGGAACCAACGGUACUCGUAAUCGGCGACGAAUCACUUCCGUCGGCUAGAGGGGAAAUCCGUAAUAUCAAGAAUUGUGGCAUAAGCACUAAAUUGCUCCUCAAGAAGGCAUCUCGAGAUGCAGUGAUUAAGGCGCUUCGGAAGACGACUUGGGUCCAUUUUGUCUGUCAUGGAAACUUGGCCUUAUCACCUUUCGAUUCUUUCUUCAAACUUCCCAAGCUCGCUCAAGAUCAUGAGCAGGACGACAGGGUGGACCAGAGGCUAACUUUACUCGAUGUUGUCCAGGGUAACAUUCCAAACGCAGAGUUUGCAUUCCUUUCUGCCUGCCAUACUGCAGAACAACCUCGUACUGGUAUGCCUGACGAAGUGCUUCACCUCGCUGCAGCAAUGCAGUUUUCUGGGUUUCGAAAUGUGAUUGGAUCAAUGUGGGAGCUACUUGAUCUGGACGGGCCCUUUUUGGCCAGGGCUGUCUAUGAGUACAUGUGGGAGUGCGACAAGGUGGAGGAAAGGCAUAAGCGCGCGGCUGCCGGCCUUCGCAAAGCGGCUGUAGAGCUGAAAGCACGGCCUGAAGUUUCAACUGAGAGAUGGGUUAACCUGGUUCACAUAGGC